GAUCCACAGAACUGAAGUCAUUUCCAGUGUUCAAUUAUUAGGAAACCAAUCUCUCUGUUUUUUUCUUAUUAUCAAGCGAUAAACGCCCCGGCUCAUCUUGUCGGAUGCUCAAGGCCCUCUCAGCUUGGAGCGCGAGUUCUCGCCGUGGCCUUUCGCUGGGGAGGUCGGAAAAGGAGGUGGAGGACGGUUUGCGGCGGCGGCGAGCGUGGCAAGCAGGCCGGCGGCCUUCUUCGGUGGCCGGGUCUCCGGCGCGGGGGAGCUCAGCUCGCCGGGGAGAGGGUGAGGAAACGACCAGCUGUGCAACACUGGACGGGUGGAAGUAAAUGGGAUCGGCGACCCAUAAUAAAUCGGCCCACCAACCAGUGUCCUGUCCACCUCGAGCGAGCGUGACUAGUGGCACACUGGCACUCGGCCACACGCAUCAUGCCGGCGCCGCUGCUUGCUCACUCCCACUAGCAGCAGCUUCUGCCGCCGCGCCAUGUGCUCGCAGCCUCCGCCUCCCGCGCACUGACCGCCGCCGCACCGACACGCCCACAGGCAGGCAGGCAGGCACCGCCGCGAGACCACCAUGCGCCCGCCCCGCCGGCCGCCGCCCCCGUCCCCGGCGCCGUCCCCCGCGCCGCUCUCUCGCGACGCCAGCCAUUCGCCGCCUUCUCCCUACGCGGCGGCGUUCGUGUCCUCCCCGGGCCCUGCGCCGGGUCCCGGCCCAGGUCCCGCGCCGGAGCCGCUCGCGGGCGGCGAGCGGCGGGCGGGCGGGAGCCUGAGCCCGCCGCUCAUCGCGAUGCUGGCGGUGGUGGGCGCGGCGCUGCUGGUGGUGCUGUACGCGCGCCUGGUGAGCCGGGUGUUCCGCGCGGCGCGGCGGCGGUGGCGCCGGCGCCGGCUGCGGCUGCUCAUGGCUCCGGGCGGCGGCCCCUUCUCCCCCUCCUCCGCGCGCGGCGGCGGCGGCGACGGCUCCUUCGCGUCCUUCACCACCUACGACAACUACUACCACACCUUCUCGCCCUACUGCGGCCUCGACGCCGCCGCCAUCAAGUCGCUGCCCUCGGCGCAGUACCUGGCGGCGGCGCGCGGGUCGGGGGCGUCCAGGGAGUGCGCCGUGUGCCUGCUCGAGUUCGCGGACGGCGACGAGCUCCGCGCGCUGCCGCUGUGCGCGCACGCCUUCCACGCCGACUGCAUCGACGUCUGGCUCCGCGCGCACGCCUCCUGCCCGCUCUGCCGCGCCGCCGUCGCGCUCCCGCCGCCCGUCGCGUCGCCGCUCCACCGCGCGGCGCGGCGGGUGCGGCCCAGCCUCGACGACCUCCUCUUCUUCCACCCGGUCCCGCCCGACGCCGCCGCGCCGCCCGAGAUCGCGCCGGCCAGCCCGGACCAGCUCCGCGGCGCCAGGGACUUGCUGCUGCUCAAGCGCUCCUACUCCUUCGGCUUCGAGCGCAGCCUCGCCGUGGAGGCCGCGUCCACGGCCUCCCCUCCCUGGCGCUACCGCGUCUCCUCCGCCGCCACCGGCGACGGCGCCACCUCCCGCGGCCGCAGCUUCUGGAGCAAGCGCUGGCCGUCCCCGUUCGGCGGCGGGGGCGGGGGCUCCGCGGCCGCCGCCCGCGUCUUCUCCUUCCGCUCGUACCGCUCCGCGGCGGGCAAGUCCUCCCCCUUCUCCCGCCGCCGCGGCCACGGCGGGGCCGGGAGCGGGUUCUUCAUGUCGCUGGCGUCGGAGCCGCCCUCGAUCCUGGGCGCGGCGAGGCGGGGCCGCGCGGCCGCCGCGUCCAGCCGGCUCCGGUGCGGGGACCCCGAGGCGCUGCUCUCGCCGGACCGGCUCCGCCGCUGACCCCGCCCGCCGCCGGCGGGGACGCGACCGCGCCGCGGUGGUGAGCGGAUCUCGGUGGCGCGGUGGGCCUGGCGCCCGCGUGGGGGCGGGGGCGGGGCAGUAAUGGCGCGAAUAAAUGCGAGGCCCUGCCUGCCAAGGUUUUAAUGGCGGGAGGACGCGCGCCCAGAGCGAGCCGUGUCGCUUCCCGCAGCAGGCAACAGUGUCCCUGCCUCGGCUUGCCGCCGGUUUCAACUUUUUGCCCCUUCCUUUCUCCUCCGGCCCGCCAGCCAGCCGUCUGGCUUGACCAAGCGCGUGGACGCGGUGGUGGAAGGCCGUCCGAUCAGAAAACGACGGCGGCGUCCGGCGGUUGACCGGAGCCGUCGUUUUCUCGCCGGACGGUCCGGCUCAUCGGAGGGGAUCGCGUACGGUUCCGUUGGUCUGGAUGGACCGUUUUGUCCGUCUCUUGGCUCCGGUGUCGGCUUUGUGUGUUCCGAACUGUGUUUCAAUGGUGUUAAUUAAUGUUAACUACUACCUUAGUAUGCUUCUCAAAGUAUUUAGCCGAUCGAAAUGGGAAAGCGUCGUUACUGUGAUCAUAGGAGGCUACACCUCAUUUUUUUAAUUACAAAGUACAAUUCAAA